AAGAAAAAGUUAAAAUUAGAAAAAGACGCUUUUUUAAAAUAUGGAUCAAAAGAAGUCAUUAUAAGAAUAAGUCCAAAGACUAAAGAAAGUAGCUCAGUCUUUGAACCUCCUGAUAAGAAUGACGAAGAAACCAGUCCGUAUAGGAUGAUAAAACAUUGGUCAGCCCUAUCAAGGAAACAUCAGUUAAGAACAUCACAAAAGCUAUGGGAAAAUGUGCAGGAUUUUGCUAAAAAUGAAACAAUGGAUGUUAAAAGUAUGUGUGAAUUUCUUCUAACAAGAUGUGAAGAAAAAAAUAAAACAUUAAAGUUGAAAAUACCGACAGUGACAGCGGCUGCUAUUUGUAAUGAGUCAAACUUUGAUCGAAUGACUUAUACUCAGCAGAGAAAAAUGCUAAAAGCAAACAGUAUAGAUGUAUUACCAUCCUGGAAUGAAAUUCAAUUGUUCCGAAAUUCUAUCACUCCAUUGACAACAAGUUAUCUUCCAGAUCCUUUUGUUGGUGUCUAUGCAAGUUUUAUUGAAUCUAUCAAGAUUACUAUUGAGAGAAUUUUGAGGCUUGAAGGUAUUUCCGUUUCUUCUAGAAAAAACAGCCUUACACUAGAAGUAAAAUUCGGCUACGAUGGAAGUGGUGAACACAAAAUUUACAACCAACUGCACAAUGUUAACACAAGCAACAUUAUUAUGGCAAUGUUUUUUGUCCACUUAAAAUUUUAAAUCAUGAAAGUAUUAGAUUGUGGGAAUACCCUAACUUUUAAAUACCCUAACUCUACUAAGUCUAACAGCAAUACCCUAACUCAACUGUACCUAACUCAGAGUCUAAUCAAAGACCCUAACUCUACUAAGUCUAACAGCAAUACCCUAACUCAACUGUACCUAACUCAGAGUCUAAUCAAAGACCCUAACUCUACUAAGUCUAACAGCAAUACCCUAACUCAACUGUACCUAACUCAGAGUCUAAUCAAAGACCCUAACUCUACUAAGUCUAACAGUAAUACUCUAACUCAGAGUCUACUCAAAGGCCACUUAUGAUUCAAAUGAGGAAAAGAGUCAAAUGAAAAUAUCCGAUCUCUUUCUUUAUUUAACGAAGACAUACAGUGUAUGAAGGAAGACGGAAUUAUUGUUAAGCAUAAUCAAAAUGAUUACCAUGUUAAAGUAAACGUUGUCGCUCAUAGUUUAGACAAAAAGGCUUCAAAUAUUUAUAAAGGCCUUGGAGGUUCAUAUUGUGAUCUUUGUGACCUUUCAAAAGAACAAUGUGAAAAUAUACAAACAGUUCAAGAUGGUUUCAUCAUAAACAGGGAUGUUAAAUCCAUGCAACAAAUAUUUCUUGACUUAGUAAAUGAGGACGGGACCAUUUUGAAAAAAAAAAGGAUUACGAAAUUCGACACGGUAAAACUACAUGUCCAAUUCCAUGUUCGAAUGUUAGGUCCAUUCAGGUUUUACAUGGUUUGCUCAGGAGAUUUGAUCAUUUUAUGAAGGUAGUUGUUCACAUGGCGGCAGGUGUCUUAACUUGGAAAGAAUCUAAGUUAAACAAUAACACAACAUUGCUGAAAGAAGAAAAAGCAAGAAUCAACCGGACAAAAGGGCAAUACAACAACUGGAAAUGUUGCCAGAAAACUUUUACAAAAUAAUGUAAUGCAAAAAGUUGUUACAGAUCACAUACCAAGUCAAACUGACCGCAAACUAGUUGAAAAGUAUGGCUUGCUUUCUUUCGCUAUUCUGAGAGCAAUGUUAUCUGGCAAAAAAAUUAAUAUUAAGUUAUACAAACAAAUGUGUCAGGAGCUAAACAUCUAGCUUCUACAAGAAUUUUAUUGAGUAAGUAUAACUCCAACACUGCACAAAACUCUUGCUCAUAGCUGGGAGUUAAUAGAAAUAAAUGAUUCCACCGGUUUGAAAUCUUGGAGUGAAGAAGGAAUGGAAGCUAAUAAUAAGCGUCUCAGAUAUUUCAGGGAAAAACUAUCAAGAAAAAUUAAUCAAUUGGCCAAUAUAAAAGAUUGCUUUAAAAGACUUUGGCUGGGGUCCAUUAGUAUAAAAAGAGCUGUUUCAGCACAUAAUUCAGUUGUUUGUGAAAUUUGGGACAAUUUAAGAUUCUCUAUAUAUUUUGAGGCUUGGUUUCGAAUAGUGAAAGGUAAAUCUUUAGCAGUAACUACAGCAUUGCAUGCUUUUGAAGCCCAAAGACUCAUCUGAGAAGCAAAAGCUAACUCGGGUGAACUAAAUGUGGAACGCAUUUCCGCAGUUUUUCGCCGUUUUGUUCGUUUACUUGCUUCAUCAAAAUUCAAAGGUGAUCGACCCACUAUGACUGUGACUUUUUUUCUUUAUUUUAUCCUUGAACAAUCUAAAAAUAUUUUAAUGUUUAAAUAAAGAUGAAAAAAAAUUAAACUUGAAUAGAGAUAACCAUUAAAUAAC